CCAAGAGCACCAGUCAUGAGGCCCCCAACCCUCCUGCUGCUGCUCUCAGGGGCUCUGGUGCUGACAGAGACCUGGGCGGGCUCCCACUCCAUGAGGUAUUUAUUCACCGGGAUGUCCCGGCCCGGCCUCGGGAAGCCCCGCUUAAUCAUCGUGGGCUACGUGGACGACACGCAGUUCGAGCGGUUCGACAGCGACUCCCCGGACCAGAGUGUGGAGCCGUGGGCGCCCUGGAUGGAGCAGGAGGGGCCGGAGUACUGGGAGAGGGAGACGGGGAUCGCGAGGGCCACCGCACAGUCCUUCCAAGACAGCCUGCACAACCUGCGCCGCUACUACAACCACAGCGAGGCGGACUCUCACACCAUUCAGUGGAUGUACGGCUGCGACGUGGGGCCCGACGGGCGCCUCCUCGGCGGGUACAGACAGUCCUCCUACGACGGCGCCGAGUACAUCGCCCUGAACAGGGACAUGCGCUCCUGGACCGCGGCGGACACGGCCGCUCAGAUCACCCGGCGCAAGUGGGAUGAGGAGGGAUACGCGAGGCGCUACAGGCACUACCUGGAGGGCCUGUGCGUGGAGUGGCUGCGCAGACACCUGAAGCACGGGAAGGAGACGCUGCAGCGCUCAGCCCCAAAGACACAGGUGACCCACCACCCCAACUCUGACCAUGAGGUCACCCUGAAGUGCUGGGCCUGGGGGUUCUACCCUGCGGACAUCACCCUGACCUGGCAGCGAGAUGGGGAGGACCUGACCCAGGAUACCGAGCUGGUGGAGACCAGGCCUGGAGGGGAUGGAAGCUUCCAGAAGUGGGUGGCUGUGGCGGUGCCUUCUGGAGAGGAGCAGAGAUACACGUGCCAUGUCCAGCAUGAGGGGCUACUGGAUCCCCGAGUCCUGACUUGGGUGCCCCCUCCUCAGUCCUCCAUCCCCACCGCGGGCAUCAUUGCUGGCCUGGUUCUCCUUGGAGCUGUGCUCACUGGAGCUGCAGUGGCUGCAGCUGUGAUUUGGAGGAAGAAGCGCUCAGGUGGACAAAGAGGAAGCUACACUCAAGCUGUGUAG